GGAAGGAAACUAGGUGGUUUUUAUCAGCUUGGUAUCAAUUUAACACAAGCAGAAAGCACACUCUGUCAUUACAGAACACAUCCUCAUUUUUUUCAUCUAGAAAGGUUUAUUGUGACUUAUAAAACUCAGUGUUUCUCUUGUAUCUGAUACGACAGAACAGAAACGUGAGGAGCAGCUAUGAGUUUAACAGCAGCAGCGAGCGGAUUUGUUGUCUUCCUUCUCUCUGCACAAGUGAUAUGGGGUCGAUAUUUUUAUGAAGUGACUUACCCUAAACAAAACAUCUGUGCCCCUGAAGGAUCAACAGUAGACAUACACUGCUCCUACAAAUACCCAGGGAGUCAUGAGACGGAAGCUAUUACUAAAUUCUGGUUUAUUAAAAUGGAAAAACAUAAUCCUUUGGAUCUGACAAAAGACCCCAAGUAUUCAGGACGUGCAGAUCACUCUUGUAAUAAUAAGAAGUGCACACUGACAAUCAGAGACCUGAGACAGAGCGACUCAGGCAAAUACAGGUUCAGGUUUAUAACAAACGAUGAUGAGAAAUAUACUGGUGAACCUGGAGUCACUUUGUCUGUCACAGGUCUCCAGGUGACCAAACUCACCAGCAAUUCACUUAAGUGUUUCGCUUACUGUGGACGAAAUCAUUUUCACGUCAUGUGGUACAGAAACGGACAUAUAAUUCCAUAUAGAACAACUUCUUUAAACAGCUUUACGAAUGGUAACAGUUAUUCCUGCGCAUUGGAAGGACACGAGGAUUUCCCCUCUCCUUCAUUGUGUGUAGGUGGUCACACUUGCAACGGACUUACUUACACUGACAAAAACAUCUGCGCCUCCAAAGGCUCUUCAGUGGACAUUUCUUGCACGUACGACCGAUACAAUUACACUGACAAAUCUACAUUUUGGUUCAGUGGUGAUAGAAGUCAUUAUUGGCCUCCACAACCAGAGGACCUGAUGAAAAAAUCACAGUAUUCAGGUCGUGUUGAGGUCAAAACAGAGAGAGGACGCUCCACACUGAAAAUCUCCGACUUGAGAGAGAGCGAUUCAGCCAGGUAUUACUUGAAAUUCAAAACAGGAAGCUUUGAAUGGACUAGUUCACCCGGUACAUCGUUGACUGUCACAGCUCUGCAGGUGCAAGUGAUCAGAACAGUCAUUCGGUCAGCUACCUAUGUAGAGCUCAAGUGUCUGAGCAGCUGCUUUCCAGCUCGUAAUCCUUCCUACGUCUGGUUCAGGAGUGGAGAGAAAAUGACCUGGGGACAGACAUAUUUCUAUUAUGGCCCGUUUGAUGCACAACACAUCAUCUCUUGUGCUUUGAUAGGACACGAGAGUUCCCCCUCUCCUCCAGUGUAUGCUCCAAAGCGUCCCUCUGUGUCAGUGAGUCCCUCUGAGAUAGAGGAGGGCAGCUCAGUGACUCUGACCUGCAGCAGUGACGCUAACCCAGCAGCUAACUACACCUGGUACAAGGAGGAUGGAAAUCUAGACCUGAAACCUCUCAGUACAAAGAAACAGUUUGCCUUCACCCCUGUUCAGUCCUCUCACUCUGGAGAGUAUUACUGCACAGCUAAGAAUGAGCUGGGGAAUAGUAUGUCUGAAUCCAUCUCUAUAAAUGUGAAAUAUGCUCCGAGGCGUCCCUCUGUGUCAGUGAGUCCCUCUGCUGAGAUAGAGGAGGGCAGCUCAGUGACUCUGAGCUGCAGCUGUGACGCUAACCCAGCAGCUAAAUACACCUGGUACAAGGAGAACCAAACACUGGUUCAGGGACCAGAAGGCAUUCAUCAUUUUGAUUUAAUCAGCUUUGAGGACAGCGGGAUCUACCACUGCAAAUGUGAGAACAAAUAUGGCAACAUAACCUUCACGCCUGUACGCAUAGAUGUCCAGUAUGCUCCAAAGCGUCCCUCUGUGUCAGUGAGUCCCUCUGCUGAGAUAGAGGAGGGCAGCUCAGUGACUCUGACCUGCAGCAGUGACGCUAACCCAGCAGCUAACUACACCUGGUACAAGGAGAACGAAGACUCACCAAAAGCAUUCAGACAGAUCUUCAUCAUCACUGAAAUCAGAGCCGAACACAGCGGGAAUUAUUACUGUGAAGCCCAAAAUAGCAGAGGACGUCAAAACUCCACUUUACAUCUCAUCAUUGUAUCCAGUUCAAUGAAAUCCGUAGCUGCUGGAUCAAUCACCGUGAUUUUUCUGGCUCUCAUUUUCCUUUCUGCUUUCCUGUUGAUGAGAAGAAAAAAGUCUUUGGAGCAAACCCUCGAGCCAAGAGUGAGACAAGACAACAAACUUCAGGUAAACAUGGUUACAGUGCGUGACGUCCCUUCAGCACCGAGACCGAGAUCACAGGCAGAGCAGCAGGACGACCUCUGCUAUGCCAGCGUGACCUUCUUGAAAAACCGGGAAGACCCUCUUUACUCCAACAUCAGGCUCGGUCAGCCCAUCAGACCCAAGGAGGUGGAAGAGGAGGAUGAUGAGGAGGAUGAAGAGGAGGAUGUGGAGUACACGGCCGUCAUGUUUAAGAGUAACGGUGCAGCUACAGGAUCAACACAUCAGGAGGCUGCAGAGGAUUCAUCUGAACUGUACAGCACAGUCUGCAAAAAUACAAGAGUAUAAACAACACAAAUCAGUGGGUGUUUCAGAAGGUUAACCCUUUGAAACCUGAGCAAAUUGGCUUCACUUCACUUUCAAAAACAUGGGAAGAAGACAGCGAGCAAC